AUGAGUUUGUCCGGUAGAGUGGUUCUAGUGACGGGUGCGAGCUCCGGUAUCGGUGCAGCAGCCGCCAUCUUGUAUACGAAGGAAGCUCGAGCCGCCAUCGUCGGUCGAAACAAAACCAAACUAAGCAACGUCGCACGGCAAUGCGCGGAAAAAGGAGAAACUCCUCUUGCCAUCAAAGCAGAUACUCGUAUUUCCAACGAACAAGAAACAAGCACUAUACUCCAGGAAACUGUUGAUAAGUUUGGAAAAUUAGAUGUCCUCAUCAACAACGCUGGAUUUUCCAAACUAGGUACGCUACUCGACGGAAAUAUUCUCGAAGCAUACGAUGUUGUAAUGAAAACUAACGUUCGAGCUGCGAUCCGUCUCACAACCCUAGCAACUCCUCAUUUAAUAAAAACAAAAGGAAACGUCAUAAACACGUCCAGUACUGGAUCUCUUCACGUCCCCCAAGUACCGACGCAUGCAGCAUACUGCAUUUCUAAAGCAGCUUUGGAUCAUUUCACGCGCUGCGCUGCCUUAGAACUGGCGCCUGCGGGCGUUAGAGUGAACAGCGUCAAUCCAGGACCAGUGAGAACAGAUAUUCUAGAAAAUUCUGGCGUACAAAACCCCGAUGCUGUGUGGGAGACAUUCAAAAGCGGUACAGCCCUAAAGUCUAUUUCAAUAGAACUUGCUAACUAUGUAAACAAACCGCCAUAUUGAAAUUGUCUCUGAAUGAUCAAUUUACUAGUGAUGGGCAAGACUCCUACUUACUACUUUACUAAUGUCAAACCAUAUCGAAUAAUAAAAUACCAAAAGUAAAAAACAAGUAGUUACAUAUUUUUAAUUUGUUUAAUCACGAUCAGAAGACAAAUUAGUACUUAAGAAUGAUGUAUUGAUGUAUUUUAUAACCGUUCCGAUACGUACAGAGCGUGGGUUGGGUAGUGUGUAGCGGGUUUAUAUUACAAACUUUAGUCACAACACUACCCAUCAUAGACAAUUGUAGAAUUUAAAAGAAACAAAACCGCCAUUCCAUCGGGUCCUAAUAACCUAA